AAUUCCCCAUAAUAGUUACAAUGUAAUCACCUGAUACCAAUAGGCAAAUGACUUCCCGGCUUUUUCUCCCUUUCCACAUAAUUACCAUCAUAUUUAAUCUAGUAAAUGUAUGACAAAUUUUUAGUUGUCACCAAACCGGCAAAAGUUUCAAACCUUUAGUCAAAUUUAUUCGAAACUUCUAUUUACUUUUGAUAAAACAAAAUUUUCAUCCAAUAUGAAGAUCAUGGAACAGAUUUAUUAUUUAACGAAAAUAUUAAUUUUCUGCACACUAAUUUUUCAAGUAAAAAGUGUAACGGGAUGCAUGUGCAGAGAGAUGCCACUAGUAAAACAAUUUUGUAAUUCUGAUUUUGUUAUCAAGAUGAAAAUUAAGGACCAAGCAGAUAUCGCUAAUUCAAGCACUCACAUAUACCAAUUCGACAUUAUGAAGGUCUAUCGGAUGCGUUCCGACGGCAUCCCAAUAUUAUCACAAGGGUUGAUAACUACCAAUUAUAGAUUAUCCUGUGGAGUUAUGUUGCAAAAUAAUGAUACUCUAAUAUAUGGUGGAAAUUUCAUCGGGUCUCAGUUUCCCAAAAUGCAUACAUGUGAUUUAAUAAUACAAGAUGAAGAAGCCAUGAAGAAUUUUGAAAAAAAUGAUUUCAUUUCUCAUCCUUAUUAUUGUGAAUACUUAAAAUUCUACACGGAGGCAUUGAAUUUUUUUUAUAGAAACUUAGAAUAACGUCAAAAAUUUUUAAUUUAUCAAUAAGUUGAUUGAUUGAUUGAUUGAUUGAUGAUUUAUCAAAUUUUAUCUUGUAAGUCCAACAUCUAUUUGUUAAAAAUUAUCUUAUCCAUCAGCUUACAAUAUAAUAUCAAUUAGUCAUAUGGAAUUUAGUUGUGACUGAUCAGUAUUCUAAAAAAAAUCAUAUCUUAUACUUUUGAUUACAAUUGACAUUAAAAAAAAAGCUGUGGAAAUUUAUGUAUAAAACGAAAUUUUUAAUUCUGUAUGAAAUAUUUUUUAGCGAGCAAAUGUAUACCCACCCUUAUUCUGAUUUACCAAAUAAUAUAUAAUGUAUAAGAGAUUG